AUGCUCUCCGAGGGCAACCACGAGACUCGCAUCAUUCAGGAGCCAUACAUACCUAAAAGCGCACAAUCACUGGUUGAUGUGCAGUACUCAGGAAUUAACCCUGCCGAUACGCGUCACAUGUACAUGAAUAUGACAAACUACGUUGCUGGUUAUGAGUUCACAGGAACCGUCAAGCAAAUCGGUCCAGAAUCCCCCUUUAAGAUUGGUCAAGAUGUUUUCGGUAUUUCACUCAUGUACGACCGUCGACCUAAUUAUCUCGGCGCUCAUCAGAGCUUUCUUCUCGCAGAACCUUUGAUGACGUUUCUGAGACCAGACCAUCUCGAUCCCAUCACAGCCGUAACGCUUCUCGCCGGUGGAGGCACGGCGAUGGACGGCCUCUUCAAUGUCCUGGGAUAUGGGUUUUCACCUGCUGAUAUUCCUGGCGACAACCCAAAAGAUGAACCGAUCCUCAUCUGGGGUGGUGCUGGCAGUGUUGGGCAAGCCGCUAUCCAACUUGCAAAAGCAGCUGGUUUCUACCCGAUUAUUACGACUGCCUCAACACAAAACCAUGAGACAAUGAAGGGAAUCGGUGCAAGUCACACAUUUGACUACAAGAGUCCAACUGUUACAAAAGACAUUCGGUCUUUGCUUGAGUCCUCGGGCUGGUCGCUGAAAACUGUCUUUGACGCAGUUUCCACAGGUCUGGGAGUUUUCGAAGGCCUCACACAAGAGCAAGAGAAAGAAAUUCAGGACAAAUACGACCAAAGUUCAUCCGGCAUGGCUCGUCAAUGUUGCGAUCCCAAGGUCCCCUCAAGCGAGUUGCGUCUGACUUCUGUUCUUCCAGUCAAGAAAGAUCCGACUUAUGCAUUUUGUCUCAACUUCCGUCCUGUAGAGGUUCUGGACAUCGGCAAUGAAGGGGCUGAGUGGAGUGAAGAAUUCAAGCAGGCUGAAGUAGCCAAGAUGAAAACGUGGCAGGCGCGCAUUGAGAAAGGAAUCGAAUGGCUGGUUCAGAAUCAUGAACAAUACUGGGAACCGCCCAGGACCAGGGUUGUCAAGGGCGUGGAAGAAGGUCUCCAAGGAAUUCGCGAUGUUUGGCAGGGCAAGGUCAGCCGUGAGAAGCUUAUUAUUGACCACCGUCUUUAA